AUGUAUAAAGCUGCUGGCGCCGCCCCCGGCCCCGGGACAACGAUGGCUGCCCGAGUAGAAGUGGCCGCCGACGAGUUGGCCCCGCCGGCGCUUGCCGCCCGGGCCCCGCGAGCCGCCGCCGCCGCCAAAGCCACCAGCGCCACCACCACCAAUACCACCACCACGGGCGCCCGCCACCCCGCCGAGCUGUUUCUCAUGAACUUGACCGACGACGAGUUGCGCCGCCAGUCCCGCCGCCUCGUCGACGACGUCCACCAGUGCAUCGUGGAGGAGCUGGCGUUCACAAUGCUCCCGAACUACGCCAUCGCGCCGCUGGGCGACGAGCACGGCGCCUACCUCGCCAUCGACUUGGGCGGGCUGACGCUCCGAGUGGCGGCGGUGGUGAUUGACCCGCCCCGUGCCGACGCCAACAGGGGAGACCGCGUCCACAACGUCAUCGAGCACCAGUGGAUCAUCCCCAACGACCGCAAGGUGAUGAACACGGCGUUCUUCCACUACAUCGCCGACCGCAUCGCCGAUAUCUUGGCGAAGCAGUCGGAGAUCGACACCACCAAAGUGAUCAACACCGGGAUCACGUGGCUGUUCCCCUUGACCACCACUCAACACAACCGCGGGCGCAUCCGUUUGGUGAGCAAAGGGUACACCAUUGCCGACGACGUCUACGACCGUGAUUUGAAGGACUUGUUGGAAGAAGCGAUGGCCGAGCGCCACCAGCUUCGGUUGGACGUCAAGUGCAUCAUCAACGACUCGUUGGCGGUGUACCUGGCGGGGGCGUUCUACGACCCCUACAUGAAGUUGGCGCUCGUCCUCGGCACGGGGACCAACGUCUGCUGUGCCCUCGACACGCUGCCGCUGUUCCCCACGUCAAAGACGUGUCCAGGCGAAUCUCAGGUGUUGUUUAAUACCGAGAUCUCGGUGUUUGGCGACGGCUUCAUCGACCGCAUCACCAACGAUUACGACGCCAUGAUCGACGACCGUUUCGCCACCUUUCAAAACCGGUUCCGCCCCUUCUUCGAGGUCGACCCCCUCGACGGGCGCGUGUUCCAGCCCCACGAGCUCAUGACGCUGGGCCGCUACGUCCCCGAGCUCGCCCGCCUCGUCGUGUGCGACUUGAUCGCCGACAAGCAGUUGUUCCAGCAGGUCAUGGGCCUGUUUGAGCGGCUCCAGCUCCCCUACGACGGGUUCUCGGGCGAGACGAUGUGCUGCAUCGACGAACAAGGGUACCCCGAGAUCGUCGCCCACUUGGCCAAAGUGUACGGGUGGGACCCGCUGCAAAUCACCCGCGACGACGUCGUCAUCCUUAAAGUGGUGUGCGGCGCCAUCAUCAAGCGGGCGGCGUUUGUGGUGGCGCUGAUCAUUGUGGCGUUCGUCAACUUGUUGUCGGCCCACAAUCUGGAGCCGUUCGCCGACCACCGCUUGGACGUCGGCUUCGUCGGGCUGGUGUUGGUGUACUUCCACAACUACAAGCGGCUCGUGACCGAGUACGUCAACCACCAUCUGGAGAUCACCCGCCGCGGGCUCACCGUCGAGCUCAUGCUGAUUGAGAACUCGUCGAUAAUAGGGGCCGCCAUCGGCGCCGCGUACUACAGCCACAAGUGA